UCUGAACCCACCGUGCGAACACAGGGAGGAUCACCCAGGUUCCGACGCCUCUUCUCGGUCUCAGAGUCAACCUGUCCCCGUCUCUUCUCUUCUUCUCUCCUCUCUGAUCCUCCACACUUUGUCACAAGUCCGCUCGAUGGCGGCCUCACCGAGGAAGAUGCUGCUUUCGGACGCGGGGCGAAUUACCGUGAGCUCGGUGACCAGCUAACGCCGAUUAGCUCGCUAAUUGCACCGCUAGCUCCCGGUUAGCAGCCGCUGCUAGCCGGAGGAUGAGUCGAGGUUCGCCCGGCAGAGGAGGUGGUGACAUGUCAUCUAGCGAGGACACGCCGAGAGGUGGAGGAGUCAAGAUGAGGACGACCCGAAGCUCCGGUCCCUCCACGCCGGUGAACGGACGACGAGGUAGCGACUGGGACAGCAGGCGCAAGAGGAAGACUGCGGACAUCACGCAGGCCCUGAGCGUGAGUCCGGUGGACGUAGCGGCUCUGAGGAGGAUGGCCAUCAGUGAAGGAGGACUGCUGACGGACGAGAUGCGAUGUGAAGUGUGGCCUCGCCUGCUCAACGUGCCCCUGCAGGUCAUGGACCAGGAGCCAGAGACGGUGGAGCGGGAGAACAACAAGGACUACAACCAGGUCCUGCUGGACGUCCAGCGCUCACUGAGGAGGUUCCCACCAGGUAUGCCGGACGAGCAGAGGGAGGGUCUCCAGGAAGAACUGACUGACAUCAUCCUCAGGGUCCUGAAACGUAAUCCCCAGCUGCACUACUACCAAGGAUACCACGACAUUGUUGUCACCUUCUUAUUGGUCCUGGGAGAGCGCCGUGCGACUGCACUCGUAGAAAAGCUUUCCACUCAUCACCUCAGGGACUUCAUGGAUCCCACCAUGGACAACACAAAACAUAUCCUCAACUAUUUGAUGCCCAUCAUUGAGAGGGUCAACCCAGAGGUGCAUGACUUCAUGCAACAGGCUGAAGUGGGAACAGUCUUCGCUCUCAGUUGGCUGAUCACCUGGUUUGGCCACGUCCUGUCAGACUUCCGCCACGUUGUCCGGUUGUACGACUUCUUCUUGGCCUGCCACCCGCUGAUGCCCAUCUACUUUGCUGCUGUGAUUGUACUCUACAGAGAAGAGGAGGUGCUGGAUUGUGAAUGCGACAUGGCCAUGGUUCAUCAUCUGCUGUCUCAGAUUCCUCAGGAUCUGCCCUAUGAGACCCUCAUCAGCCGAGCAGGAGACCUCUUCGUCCAGUUUCCUCCCUCUGAACUGGCCAAAGAAGCUGCCUCAGAUGACGGCAUGGCCACCUCUACCUUUAAGGACUUUGAUCUUGCAUCCACUCAACAGCGACCAGACUCAGUUCUCCGUCGCCGCCGCCGACAGAAGCAGGCUGCACUGGAGAGCGCAGCAGCCAGUUCAGUAGCAACAGUGACUCGGCCUUCAGCAGCGCGGCGCUUUGUCCGACUGGCUGUCAUGGGUCUGACGAUGGCUUUAGGGGCAGCAGCCCUUGCUGUGGUCAACUCUGCGUUGGAGUGGGCCCCCAAGCUGGACCUGUUUCCUUGAAGCUCUUUUACUCCUGCACUCCAAGGCAUCAUCCCUCACAGGACUAUAGUGGGUGCAGACCCUGCUGUUGAUAACACUGUCUGGAGUGAACUUUAAACUGAACCAGUUAACGCUCCUCAUUCGUCUUCUAGGAUGCUACUAAUCAUCCCACUCCACAUAGGGCUUCUCAGCCCCCUGCUGUGGGUCACAUGACUCCUGAAGAACAUGCAGCAGUUUGGGUUCCUGCUGCUAUGUUCUGAAGUGAAGAAUCCAUCCUAUUAUAAUGAAGAGACUUUAUUUCUAAGGACUAUUAUUGAUGGUGUCGUUAUUAAAGCUUAUUUAUAUUUGGGAUGACACUAAUCAGAUAUUGAGUAAUCCUAAGAGAUUUAUGUUGAAAGCUUGGUGGACUCACUACACUUGAAACUGCUGCCAAGUUUAAGUGUGUAUGUGUGCGUGCGUUGGUGCACGUGUGUGUGUGGUCGCAAUCUGUUUUUAAUCUAUUUGAUACUUGGACUGAGACCAAAUAGUGGGUUGAUAGAAUUAUCUUUUUGUAUAAUUUAGUGUUUCUUAAUUUAGAGAUAUGUCAGAGUAUAGAGGUUUAUGAUCAUCCCCCACAGGCACUUUUUAAGGUUUUAAUGACUUUGGUGAGUUCUCACCCCUGACUACACAUUUCAGCUUUGGAUCACUGAUUGGUCAAAAAUGUUUCUGGAAUUUAAAAGGAAAUAUACUGUAGCCUGCUUGAGACUUAAUUUUGUAUCUCAAAACGUAAAGCAACACUAUGCAACUUAUUUAAUCUUAAAAUAGCAGCUACAAAUUUAAAAUGGUGCUGCUCUCAUUUCCACUCCUCAUCUUGAAAGUCUGCUCUUGUUCUAUGUAACUUUGGUGAGCAGGUACGAUCCUGUGAGAAGUGUGUGAAUUGUGUAACUGACUGGUCUCAUUUUAAAUCGUCAGACUCAGCAAGGUGGAGAGUAAUUCUGAACUGUUGAUUAGUUAAAAAGACUUAGAAGUCAUUACAAACCAGUGUUUAUAUCUCAUAUUUAGAGGGGAAACUUUUAAGAUAUGAAGAAGUCUAAACUGAGUUUGGUGUAUUUGUUACAGCAACAGCUCUUCUGGUUCAGGAAGCCAGGGAUCAUGGGCAACAUCUAAUCAGUUGUGCUUCAGUUCAGUGAGUGGGAUACCCAGUCAGAGCUCUGGUCAACACAUUGUCUGGCUUUGAUCUUUCUCGGCAUGAAGUCCCAACCGAAUGAUUUACCAUGUGUGGCUGCAGAGGGCGCUGUUGCUCAAUACAAGUUACAUAUUGUUGCUUUAAAUCAGAGGAGUAGGCUCCAGAUUAGAGUUCAGCUUUCACAGUCCAAUUAAAAAAGAAAAUCAACCAUGAAAUGGUUAAAUAAAGCUUUCCAGUUUUUGUAGUUAAUUGCUCAGUUGUGCAACCUUAAAGAUGUGUCUGUGUUUCAUGUGCCCGUAUUUACAGGGAUACAUCUUUAGCUCUGCUUAUACUAGGGCAGCUGAUGGAAUCUGACAUCGUAGUUCAGCAGCAAACUCACUCACUCACUUAAUGCCUGCAAAAUGUAUUUCAGAGCAGGGUUAUGUAGCAUUUGGAUUGACACAGUGGGUGACCCAGUUUGCACUGGUUGCGUUAGUUUUGCAAUCACAAUUAGUUUGUUAGGCACUUUGCUCACGUCUGCUGAAAAGGUGCUCUGGAUGGAAAAAGCAUUUCAAUAAAUAGUGUCCAACAUUUGUUUCAAACACGACUGAUUUAGUAAAUAGGAUUGUUAAAAUCUAGAAUGGGCAACAUUUGAUUUCAGAGACAGUCCAGCUCAUUCCAGUGUUUUAAUGUUUUAAAUCAGGAUUUGCUUAUUUGUCAGUGGUCUGGUACUCAACAUUAUACAUUAUAUGAUAUUCUUUUGGCAGAAAUUUUAAGAAUUGUCGUUGCCUGUAUAAGGCAGCACAGAGAAGGAAACUAAAACAUGGAAUAAUUUAAGACACAUGUUAGAAAUAUCAUUCUUUGCUACUGUAUAUAAGGAAAUUAAUACCUGGGCUUCCCAUUCCAAUAUUGUGGUCCAUUAAUUUAUUGCCUUUAUUAUAACUACUGAUGAAAAUGAAGGUGAGGCUCUGAGCAGCCCGAGAGUGGAGCUGUUAAGCAGUAUAAUAACACAUGUAUCUGCACUCAGUGGUUUUCAUGUAUUUUCAUUGCACUAAAUGAUUUAUCUGCCUUUAACAUUUAUUUUGUGAUAAUUAUCAUACUGAUGUAAAGUUGUACAAGAGAAUGCUAAUAAACUAGAGUGAAAAGUGUAUUUGUUUGGGCAGUUGCACA